AUGAAGGUCGCCUCCCUCCUUGCCGCUGUCGCCGCGCUGGCCGUCGUGGACGCCGCCCCGGCCCCCAACGCCCCGGGUCUCAUCAAGACUGGAUCGAGCAUUCAGCGUCGUGCUGGUCACGAGCAGCAUGUUGGCGCGCGCGACCACGGCAAUGCCAUCAAGUUCCCCCGCAACGCUGCCAAGAAGCGCGGAAGUGGCAAGUGCAAGCCUCGCCCCGCCACGGCUGCGUCUACCCCAGUCUCGACCCCAGUCUCGACCCCUCAGGGCGACAACUCUGCCACCCCGGCUGCAGACUCGACUGUCGCAUCCAGUGCCGCCGAGACACCUUCUGCAGGUGGCGGCGAGACUGGUGCCAGUGGCACACCUGUGACCACCCCGACCGCCGACUCGGCCGCCCCUGUGGACUCGACCUCGCCCGCCGAAAGCGCAACCCCGACGAGCUCGUCGGCCCCUGUUGCCACUGGCCCGGUCAGCUCGUCUGGCGACAUCCCCAACGGCAUCAAGGCUGGUAUCUCAGGCGGAAACGGCUUCGACUCGUUCUCUCCUUACAUCGGCUGGUGGUACGACUGGUCGCCUGCUCCCUCGGGACACUCUGGCACGCCCAUUGCCGUCCCCAUGCUCUGGGGUGAUGGCCACCUCGGUAACCCCAGCUCGGAUGUUCCCGACGAGACGCGUUACCAGGCCUUCCAGGCUCUGUCGGCAACCAACCCCACUCCCCCUUACGUGAUUGGCUUUGAGGAGCCCGACUGCUCGUCCUAUGGCUCGGCCAACAUGCCCGACGAGGCCGCGGCCGCCAAGACCUGGGACGACAACAUGGCCCGCUUCAAGGCCGCUGGCUCCAAGCUCGUCUCGCCCUCGAUGUGCAAGCAGAUCGACGAGACCUGGCUCACGCCCUUCGAGCAGGCUAUCUCGACGCCGUGGGACAUUACCAACGUCCACAUCAACAAGAACAACAUGGACGCUGUCAAGGCGGAACUCGACUACUACUACAACAAGUAUGGCAAGCCCAUCUGGGUUUCCGAGUUUGCCUGUGUCAGUGACUCGCCGUCCUGGACUCCUUGCACCGACCAGUCCGAGAUCAACACCUUCAUCACCGACAUUGUGGCGCUCCUCCAGGCUGAUUCGCGUGUGGCAGCCUACGCCAUCUCGACCGGUGUCGGCCUCAGCGACGCGUGGACCGCCGUUCAGUCCGACGGCACCACCCUCACCGAGACGGGCAACACGUACCUUGCUGCCAUCAAGAGUGCCGCUGGCAAGUAG